AUGGAUUUGCUCUUAAGGAGGUUUUUAAAAUUUUUGAAUUUCACAAUUGCCAAAAAUCUGGAUUUUGAAUUUGACCCAAAUUUUUGGACAAAAGUGAUAGAGCUUAUUUCACAAAAAGAAACAUGAAAGUGUAUAUUUCUUGCUUUAAGCCGAUAUCUGAAAUUAACUACAAAAGCAGAAGAAAGCAAAAGUAAGGAAGAAAUGAUAGAUAUCAAAAAAAGAAAAUCCAGAAUAUUUCUUAUUCUCAUCCUUCAGAAGCAAGUAAACAACAACUUUGAGCAAGAGUCUGAUAAUAAAUAUGCAUUUUUUGGUAACUCCACCCCCCAUCCUUGAUCGAACGAUUGACUGUAAAAAUUCCUAAAAAUUGGGAAAAUUAACCCCGAUCCUUGAUCGAACGAUUUUCAUAUCAUGCAAAUUUUUUAUAUAUAUAAAAAUAUAUUAGUUAUCAAAAGUUUGGGAAAUGUGCCUAAUGAAGUUGUUUUCAGAGGCUUUGAGACGAUAGAAAGCUACGAAAUCAACCAUUCGAAGUGAUUUAGUCAUCAACCUAGGCUUAAAAACUCAAUAAUCUAAUAAAAUAGAGAUUCUUUAAAAUUUUUAAAAAAAAAUCAAAAAUUCAAUAAAGAACAAAUCAAAAUUUAUAAAGUUUAAAGGGGUAACCAAAAAAUCAAAAUAUUAAAAUUGGUAUUCUUAUGAAAUUAAUUCAAUUUUUUGCUGUAAAAAUAAUUAUUAAAUACUCUUAACCCUCUUAAUUAAAAGUAUAAAAAACACAUAUUUUUUUUUUAUUUACCCCCAUCCUUGAUCGAACGAUGGCGAGUCGUUCGAUCAAGGAUGGGGGCGAGUAAGAGCAAAUAUUGAACAUCAAUUUAUAUAAAUUUUUAUAUGGAAAAGGCUAUAAAAAUGGUUGAUGAAAAGCAAGAGAUGUCGUUAAAUAUUAAUGAGGCAAUAAAAAUACUCAUGCGGUACAUGAAUAAUAAAAAGAGAAGAAACAUAGGGUUUAUAAUUAAAGAGUCAGAGCUUUCCAAAUGUUUUAAUAUACCGGAAAUAUGGAGAGAAAACCUUUGAAGAUUUGAAUUGCUUGCUACAUAUCAAAUAGAAAGCAACUCAUAUGAUCAGUGCUUCUUAAAAGAGUACUUCUCAAAAGUUUUGCAAGAAGAUAAGUGGUAUCAAAAUAUUCCGGAUUCUGAAAAAAUUAUUUUGGAGCUCUUGCUGCUGACUUAUAUUAGCAAUAGGUUUUAUGAAGAGUUUGAGGAUUUAGCAGUGAAUUUUUCUUUAAAACUUUUUGAGAAUGCUUAUGAAAAUGCUAAAAAAUAA